AUGUCAUAUCCCUUGUCCAACAUCAAAACCGAAUCCCGCCCAAUUUGGGAGCAACCGCCACCAAACAUCGUUCUCCCAGAGCUUCCGCCUGAAGACCCCACACGUCACAUGACGCUCCAACAAUAUAAAAAGCUCGCGUGUGCUCCAGAAAUCGCGCGGCAAACAUGGGCUCGUGUUGGGCAGAGUUGUGAAGCCAAACAGUUACUGGAGUUGACGAUCCUACACUGCUUCAGCGAAGUUCCUCCACUUGGAAAGAAAAGGAAUAGCCAUCAGAAGGUACAGGAUCACUAUGCAAUUGUUGCUAUCAAAGUGUGGAAGAGAAUUGGGAUUCUUUACAGCCAGCAAGUUGUGAGUGGUUGUCUUAUGGCGGCGAAAAUUGGGCUACGAAGACGUCUGAGAACAUUUACUAUCGAAAAAAAAUUAUCGAAAGAGAAGGUGGAGGAAAAAAUAUCCAUCCCUGCUGACAACAUCAAGAAAGAGUCACCAGCUCUAUCCGCCUUGAAGCGCUCUGUUCUUCUUCAAGUCAAGCAAGAAGGAGAACCUCCGAAGAAAAUUUCUCUCUUCUUGCCAAAGACACCUGUAUUCACUCCAGACAUGCCAGAAUCGUCUCAAAACAUGCCAGAACCAUCCUUGACCCACUCGGCGAAAGGGUCACCAGCUCUAUCCUGUUCAAAGCGCUCUGCUCUUCGUCACAUUAAGCAGGAAGAAGAAGAAUCUCCAACAAAAAUUCCACAGGUUGAGUCAAACCUAUCUGGAUCCUCUCGACACGUGCCAGCAGUUUCUCGUCAACAUCAGAAGGCUCAGUAUAAGCAAAUGCAGCGAGAUUUGCCAGCUUCGUCCCGACACGUGCCAGGUUUUUCUGCAGACGUGUCAGGUUCAUCUCAAAACAUGUCUGGACUAUCUUCGAGCCUCUCGCCGAGUCCUUCUCAUCAACAUCGAGUUCCUCACUAUGACCCAUCGCUUCAAGAUAUGCAAAGUAAUUCUCCAGAGAUGCCAGGCCGUUCUUACCAACAGGUUAGUGGUCACCACGGGAACCAGUCUGAAUUCCUGAAGCAAAGGGAUCCGCUUGGAAACCAGCAAAUCAUGUCCUGUUUUCCUACUGCCCUGAGCGAAACCGAUCAAUACCAUUUCAAUGAGGAUAUGAAAUAUCUCAACCGAAAGCUGUUGAGAAUCCAUGAGAAGAACGAGACGCUCUAUAGAUCCGCAAGGGACGCCGUGCUUGCGGUGACAGCGGCUAUCGAGAGGAAGACUCCGGCUAAAAGUUUGGAAUCGGUCUUCUUAGGAUUGGCAGAGUUUUUUAAGGAUGUGAAGAUUCCUGAAUGA